GUAUCCACUGGCCAGAUCGAGGGUGGAGAACCAGCAGGCGUGGCUUAAUGUGUCUAGGGCAUCAUCUAACCUUGGGAGGGGAUCUCAUCCUUACAGGUGACAUCAUUAAGCUUCCUAUAGUCGACACAAAAUCGGAGCCCAGCCCCCUUUUUUCGCCCCAAGACUGUAUCAAUUUCAUGCCUAGUCAAAUGAGUCCUGCCCAGAUCGGUCUCACCCUGGCUAAAGACAGGAAGAUUUCUGAGCAACAACUGUUUUGCUGCCUCGAUUUGUUCAGGUGAGUGACCCCUACUUUCCACCCCAAACUGACUCAUAAGACUGUCCACUGUCCAAGUCUUAUUACCGAGAUCAACCACUGCACCAUACCUGGACAAGAAGUCAAAACCAAGCAGAAUUUCUUCUGAUGGUAUGUCUGACACCAAGAAUUCAGCAACCAAGGCUAAAGAAUCGAAAUUGGCACAUUGCCUGCCAGCUCCCAAGGAUCUGCAUUGCCCCCCCAUUCACUGCUCUUGCAUCCCCAGCAUACUCCUGUAAGUCAGACCCUCCCUUUGUGAAAGACAGCCAUGUCUGUUUAGGUAUAAUAGAACAUGUGGCUCCAGUAUCAACCAACACAUGGCAAUUUAACCCACCUAUCUUGGCUGCAAGGUAGCCAGAACCUCUUUUAGUCUUCUCCGGGGCCCCAGUGAACACUGAUGAGAAGGGGGCGGACAUUUGGCCCUCUGUGCACACCCCCUCUGGUUUCCCUGUAGGUAAGGGCAGUUGCAUCGUAUGUGCCGGUUACAGCCAUACUCCCAGCAUCCCCCCCCCCCCCCCGCUACAUAGCCUCCUGUUAAGCUACUGUACUGCUGUGUGCAUUAACUGGCUGGGGGAGAGGGGCUGACGCUGCCAACGGAGUAGGAGCAGGAUGUGCUGGAUUUGUUUUUAGCACCUGUACAGCAGCCUGCUGGGACUUAACCUCCUGUCUCAACCCUUCCACCACCCCAAGCAAAGUUUCUACCUGUUCAUUGUCUUUAGUUUUCUGUUCCGAGACCCUCCGAACUUCAGCAUCCUGGGCUAAGUGGCUAUUUUCCAGCCCCCUAAUGAGCUCAAGUUCUGAAGCCAGAUUAAUUGCAGCCUCUAAGGUUGCAGGUUUAUCACUGCGAAGGCUAAUACGCAGAUUGCCACUGCCCACAUAACUGAUAAAAUGGUCUUUUGCCAGUAAAUCCUGUGUGUUAAGGUCUGCAGAUGGGUAAGCCCUAGCAACCAACCGGUGCAGGGCAAUACCAAAAUCACGGACACUUUCACUGUGAAGUCUCUUUCUUGAGGAAAAGUUAACUCGAUUCCAAUCGUCACUAUCACAGGGGUCCAAACACCUCCCCAUAGCUUCUUUCAAUGAAGUGUAAUUAGUUUUAUCUGCUGCUGAUAAUCCACUGUAAACCUCACGGGCUUGACCUGAUAGCAAAAGACCCAUGAACUUCAGUCUCAGUGAUCCAUCCCAGUUAUUUACAUCUGCAGCCUUUUCAAAUUUCUCAGCCCAAUCUUCGCAGUACCACUCGAUGCCAGUAAACGUCUAAGGCAUAAAGAUUGGUACAUUGGACAUUGCCCUAUUAGUAGCUGAUGGUGUGGGGGCAUUUUGAUUCAUGACUAGCUCAGGGUGAGCGGCGUCGUUCUCAGGUUCUUACAUUGUUAUAUCCCACCACUGCCACCAGUGUAAUAAAUGUGGGUUUUACCUUUGGCAACAAAUGAAAAGUUAAGUUAAGUUGAAUCCCAGCACACAAAUUGAACCACUACACACAGGGCUAGUAGCUUUAAGGCUCACUUGGGAACAAGCUAAGUUGAAGAACCACUACACACAGGCUAAACUUUCAGCAUGAGGCAAAAGGCAUGCUACACCCUUUUAAGACACCACAGACACAAGACACAACUCAGGAUUCCCUGCUGCAGCACUUGAAGCGAGUUGCCUGCCAGUCUGGGUGAAAAUGAACAUAUCUAUUUGAUCAAAUAAUGAUUUGGUGAUAUUCUCAAUAGCUUUUAAUGAUUCCUUGACCCAGAAAAAAGUAUAUUUUGACACCAAGAUUGACCGUUUAAGUGGCUUGAAAGAUAUACUGGUUCUCUUAGACUUUAUAUGGCUGCCAUCUCUGAUCCACAAUCUUUAUUUAAAUAAGCCCCCUGACUUUAACUACUUACAUUAUGGUGUAAAUACUUAUGCAUAGGUAAAGAAUCUUACCACUUCUAAUGCCACAGUGAUUUAUUCAAAUAGUGUGAGGCAUCAUUUCCGUAAUGAUGCUUUUAUUUUGAAGAGAUCAAAGGAGUGACAGGAAGUAUCAGUAGUUUGUUGCUUCUUUAACUCAACAUUUAACUGUCGUCGUGACAGUGAGUCUGCAGGAACGAACGAGGUGUGUCCAUCACUCUUGUCCAAGACAAGAGAGUGACUGUGAUCACCGUGGAGACGGACAGGACGACCAUGUUGCCGCCGCUACAGAUCCUCAAGACUCUUUGGUUCAGCAUGCAGAGCUGCUCUCUGUUCAGGAGGGCCGACGGUCUGAUGCAGUCCAACACAGUCUCAGCUCUCGGGACCAUACAGAUCAUGGUGGGCCUGUUCAACAUUGGACUGGGACCUGGACGAACAACUCUACAUCCUGGGGAUUUUGCACAUUUGGGAGCUGCUUACUGGCUGGGUGGUGUGUGCAUCUUAACUGGAAUCGUGUCCCUUCUUGCAGACAGGUGCAGCGGUUCUUUCUUGGUGGGCACUGCUGUGCUGAUGAACAUCAUCGGAUCCAUCUUCUCCAUUAUUGGCAUCUACAUGUAUGCUAUGGACAUAGACGAUAUCACUCACGUGGGGUUCUGUGACAACUCCAGUGCUCGUAGUUAUGAUGACUGCGAAUUUGUGGAGCUCUUUUUCAAGCGUAUGCUGAAAGGAAUGGACACCACCAUGAUCGUCCUGACUGUUCUUCAGCUGAUUGUCUGUAUAACUGUUACUGUUCUGGGCAUCAGGGUUCUGUUCCACCUGAGGAACAAAGAGCAGGACGCCAGAGAUGAUGAUAUUUACCAGCCGGAGACGAAGGAAGCCCUCCUGACUGGUCCUGAUUCGCCGCUACAGAUCCUCAAGACUCUUUGCUUCAGCACACAGAGCUGCUCUCUCUUCAGGAGGGCCGACGGUCUGAUGCAGUCCAACACAGUCUCAGCUCUCGGGACUCUUCAGAUCAUGGUGGGCCUGUUCAACAUCGGACUGGGAUCAGGACGAACGCGUCUACAUCCUGGAGAUUUUGUUAGUUGGGAAGUUGCUUACUGGCUCGGUGGUAUGUUCAUUCUUGCUGGCAUCAUGUCUUUCACUGUGGAUCGGUUCAGCUCUGUUUACUUGGUGGGCUUUGCUGUGGCUGUGAACACCAUCGGAUCCAUCCUGGCUCUCAUCGGCUCUGUGCUAUACGGCGCAGACAUCUUAGAUUUCUCUGAACUGAGCUUAUGUGACGAGUCCAAUGUUCGUUACAGCCCCUGCCAAUCAACGCAAUACUUGUUGCAGCGUCUGGUGAUAGGCAUGGACAUCUCUAUGAUCGUCCUGACCGUUCUUCAGCUGAUUGUCUGCAUCACUGUUACUGUUCUGGGCAUCAGGGUUCUGUUCUACCUGAGGAACAAAGAGCAGGACGCCGGAGAUGAUGAGAUUUACCAGCCGGAGAUGAAGGAAGCCCUCCUGACUGGUCCUGGUGCUUAAAAUCAAUUCAUAAAUCAUCCAAACACAAAGAUGUAGAGUGUGAUGAUCAAUGUGGACUUUUAGUAUAUCAGCUUCAAAUAACCAAAAACGGCUUCUUCUUUAUUUUCUUCUUCUUUUUUUUUUUUUUACAAAACAUACACUGCAA